AUGUCUAUGAAUAUUUACAAUGUCAGUGGUAAUGCAGAUAAAUCCACAACUGAACUUAAUGGUCAUUUUAUUCAUUCUCUAUUAUUAAUCGAUGUUCUUAUUCGAAUGAAAUCUGAUGAAGCUGACAAAAACAAACUCAUUCAAGUUUGCAAAGAUAAAUAUUCUGGCAACGAACCUCAACUAGCGGUGGUUCGUGAAUUUGAAUGUGACUAUAAAUCUAGAAAAGUUAUAUGGUGGUAUACGCGUGAUGCUUUUUUAUACAGCAUGUUAAAUAAAGCUUUGCGAGUACAGAACACUGAAUUAUUAUUAUUACUUCGUUUUGUAAUUCAUGAUAUUUAUCAAGAACUAAAAAAACAUCAAUGCCAAAAUCCUGUUCGGGUGUAUCGCUAUCAAACUAUGUAUGCUGAUGAAUUGAAUACUAUUAAACAAUCGAUCGGUCAAUUCAUCUCGAUUAAUUCAUUUUUUUCGACUACUGCUGAUCGUGACGUAGCAUUAAAAUUUUCUAAUCAUUCGAUGAUUUCGAAUGAUUUGCAUCGAAUAUUAUUUGACAUUAAAGCUGAUCCUCGCAUUGCAAAAUCAAAACCAUUCGCCGAUAUUAGUUCACUUAGUUACUUUAGUCAGGAAUCUGAAAUAUUAUUUAUGAUUGGAUGUAUCUUUCGUUUAACUAGUAUUUAUUGGGAUGAUAAUGAACAAAUCUGGAUAAUUCAAAUGCUGUUAGCGGAAGAUGAUGACAAUAAUUUGAAGACGCUUUUCAAUCAAUUGAAAGCUGAAUAUGGAGGUGGUGAAGAAGAAGUUGAUCUUAAGUCAUUUGGUGAUGUACUACAGCAUAUGGGAAAAUAUGAUUCGGCAGAGAAAAUAUAUUACGGCCUACGCAAAAAGUAUUCUAACAACGAUAGUUCAUAUUCUCAGUUAUGUUUCUCAUUUGGUAUGCUGAAUAAAGAACGAAAGGAUUUUGAUCGCAGCCUUCAAUGGUUUCAAAAAGCAUUGAGCAAGAAAAUUCGUACGAAUCCAAAUGAUUUGGUUUACAUUGGGGGUCUGCAUUCUUGUAUUGCAAAUAUUCAUACAGAAAAACAUGAUUUUAAUGAAGCAAUGGAAUGCUACAAUAAAGCAAUGGACUGCUACAAGCGCGCGAAUGCUACAAAUCAUCCUGAUAUGGCUUCUUGGUAUCAUGGUGUCGCCCGUAUUUACAGUGCUCGGAAGGAAUACUCAGAUGCAUUGACCUAUUAUGAACGCUCAUUGAGUAUUCAAGAACAACACUUACAUGCUAAUCACCCAGAUAUGGCUAUAAAUCAUAUUGGCAUAGGUGAUGUUCGUCAUAGCAUGGGCGACUAUCAACUUGCCAUGCACCAUUACAGAAAAUCGCUCGAUAUUAGAAUGAAAUCAUUACCUCCUCAACAUCAAGAUAUUGCUUUGAGCAAUAAAAAAAUUGGUCUGAUAUAUGAGUCGGUGAAUAAUUUGAAAGAAGCGCUAGAAUAUUAUAACAAAGCAGCCAUUAUCUAUCGUGAGUCAUCACCGCCCCAACGUUCAAACAUGGUUGAAAUUGAAAAAGAUAUUGAACGUGUCAUGUCAAAACUGAAAUAA